ACAACUAAAGAAGGAGACAUAGUUAAGAAGGUAGCUAGAUAAGCUACACACAUUUAUAUAUAUAUAUAUAGGCAAAUAUAUAUAUAUAAAUAUAUGCACACAUAUAUGCUAGCUGAGGCCAAUGCAUGGUAGUUCACAGUUAGCAUGGGAUUACUGAGAGGGGAGGUGUUUAAGGCCGCGGCGUCGCGAGCCAUUGUGAUAAAGAUCAACAUAGCCUUCUUGAUCUUCUUCCUCGCCGCUUACUUCGCACUCCUCCUCUUCCAGCCAUCGUCGCUCCUCGACAAGAACGUCGCGUCGCUCGUCCGCUGCACCCUCCGCGACUGUCACUUGAGGAAGGUUGCGACUAGAGGAGAAGUUCCGAACAAUGCGAUCACGAGCGAGAAGAGAAUGGCGAAGGAGAUCAACCCCCCGAGCUUCCUCCGAGCCCUCGGGCACGUCGGAGACGCGAAGAGCAUCGCGUUGGUGAACAUCGGCAACGACGAAGUGAUCGCGUGGGGAUUUGACGGGGUGGAGAAGAACAAGAGUACUGCAGAGCUGACCGCGGUCAAUGUUGACUUCGAGCGGGUCCACCCCAACUUCAAGUGGGCCGACCUGUUCCCGGAGUGGAUCGACGAGGAGGAGGAGAACGAGGGCGCGUCGUGCCCCGAAGUCCCCAUGCCGGACUUCGAUUCCUACCCCGGCUCGGCCGACGCGGUGGUGGCCCGCCUACCGUGUCAGCGGCCAGCCAAGGGUUGGAACCGUGAUGUGUUCAGACUACAGGUUCAUCUGGUGGCCGCGAACUUGGCGGUGAGGAAGGGGAGGCGGGACGAGCGGGGGAGGGUGAAGGUGGUGUUCCUGAGCGAGUGCGAGCCGAUGCCGGAGAUAUUCCGGUGCGACGAUCUCACGGCGAGGGAGGGGGAGUGGUGGAUGUACGACGCCGAUGCCGCGCGGUUGGAGGGGAAGGUGAAGUUGCCCGUUGGAUCGUGCGAGUUGGCCCUGCAUUUGUGGGGGGAAGGAACAAACCAGGAGUUCGACUCGUCGAAGCUCGCGGCGGCAGCGGUGCCCCAGCGGGAGGCGUACGCGACGGUCCUCCACUCGUCGGACGCGUACCUGUGCGGGGCGAUCGCGCUGGCGCAGAGCAUCCGGCAAACGGGGUCGACGCGCGACCUCAUCCUCCUGCACGACAAGUCCAUCAACGGCGCCAAGCUCCGGGCGCUGGUGGCGGCCGGGUGGACCCCGCGCAAGAUCAAGCGCAUCCGCAACCCGCACGCGGAGAAGAACUCGUACAACGAGUACAACUACAGCAAGUUCCGGCUCUGGCAGCUCACCGAGUACGACAAGAUCAUCUUCAUCGACGCCGACAUCGCCGUGUUCCGCAGCCUCGACGUCCUCUUCCGCUUCCCGCAGAUCGCCGCGACGGGCAACGACGGCUCCAUCUUCAACUCCGGGGUCAUGGUCAUCGAGCCGUCGAACUGCACCUUCGACAUGCUGAUCCGGCACCGCCGCGACGUGCGGUCGUACAACGGCGGCGACCAGGGCUUCCUGAACGAGAUCUUCGUGUGGUGGCACCGCCUCCCGCGGCGGGUGAACUUCCUCAAGAACUUCUGGUCGAACACCACGGCGGAGACGCGGCUCAAGGAGUACCUGUUCGGCGCGGACCCGCCGCGGCUGUACGCGGUGCACUACCUGGGGCUGAAGCCGUGGAUGUGCUACAGGGACUACGACUGCAACUGGAACGUCGACGACCAGCGGGUCUACGCCAGCGACGUCGCGCACCGCAGGUGGUGGCAGCUGCACGACGGCAUGGCCGAGGAGCUGCGGGCCUUCUGCGGGCUGUCGCAGAAGAGGAAGGACGACUUGGAGUGGGAGAGGACGGUGGCCAAGAAGAUGGCCUUCCCCGACGGACACUGGAGCAUCGAUGUCACGGAUGGGAGGAAGGAUGCGUGAGUUUUCUUCAAAAUGGACUAAUACGAUUUUUUUUUUUUUCUUUUCUUAAAUAGGUGAAAUAGAAAGAUUUGUAAUAUUUUUUGUAAUAAUUGAUUUAAUUGUCUCUGUAUAUGGAUUGAGCACUCUGGGAUAUGAGAGGACAAAAUAUAUGGUUGGUAAAUAA